CAGCAGUGACUCUUUACCGGCUAUCGUUCAUCUCGCAUAGCGCUGUGCUCUACAGUUUGUUUAGGUUUAAUUAUUGAAAUUGACCCUUAAAUUUAUAGAAAAAUGUCACGGAAUGUGACGCUCUCGGAUGAGCAGAGCCGGCUGAAUGCGCGUCUGGAGGCGCACAUGGUUUAUAUAUGUCCGGAAUGCGGAAAGGCAUUUCGUACUCAGGCCGAGUGGCGUCAGCACUUGAACACGAAACACGACUAUCUAAAGAAGACCUACUCGGAUUUCAACUUCAUCCAGAUCGAUGAGAGGUUUCACGAAUGCCAGCUGUGCUUCAAGUGGGUGGAGAAUGCCCACAAGACCAUCGCCCUGCUGCAGUACCACUACUUCAUGCACCUGGAGCACAGUGAAACCUAUCGGUGCGUGCACUGCCGCAUGGCCUACACGAGGCGCAGGGCCCUGAAUGUCCACCUGUUGGAGACGCACAUGCGGGAGAUCGAGAAGUACGAGAACAAGCUGCGACAGAUGAAGCGGCAGCAGCAGCAAAAGCCCACCGUUGUGCCAGAAGCUGGCAGCCCAGGCAAGGCACGAGGGCGUCCCAAAGGAUCCGGGAGCAAAAAGCAAAAGGAUCUGCUGCAAAAAGCGCUCAUGGACAUCGAUCUCCACACGGAACUUGAGAAAUCCCCAACCCAACCAUGCGUGGCAAAAACAGCAGCAGCUCCUGCAGUCGCACCCAAGACCAAUGCAAAUGCCAGUGAACAGAAUCUGGACAGAUGUUUGAAUGCCUACGAGGAUAUUGUGCGAAAGGAGGAGGAGAAGGUGCCCAAAUAUGACGCCGAGCUGGAAGCCCUUUGCCAGGAGUUCUUUGAAGAAGGCAGCAUCGCUAGCAAAGGAGGAGCGGAUGUUGGGCAGCAGUUAGUCGAUGCGCCGCCGCAGCAGGAAAACCAGGAAGUGGUCAUUAUCGAGAUAGAUGCACUCGGCAAAGAGGAAGUGGCCCAGUUGAAAAAGGAAAUGAAAUCGGACUCACUGGGCCAAGCGGCCAAGCGUCGUCGUCUGUCCACGACGCCCCCACGCGACUCCGACACGGAGAUGUCCACCAACGGCCUAAUGAAGCUCAUCUCGUACUUGUGCCCCAAAUGCGGCAAAGAAAUCUCCUCGAUGGACGGAUGGCGGACGCACGUGUUCAAGAAGCACGACUUCGAGCACAUAAUCGAGAACAGCUUCAAGAUCCUGGAUCCGGGGCGCAAGGCCAUGUGCCUGCAGUGCCGCGAGGUGCAGCCGACGACCCAGCGGUCACAGCUGCAGAAGCAUUGCUUUAAGCAUCUGCCUUACCGAUCCUAUCUCAAAUGCACACUCUGCGAGCGCACCAAGACCAGCACCUCAAAGAUCCUCAACCACAUUCGCUACAACCACCAGGAGGAGCUGCAGCGGAAGAACAAGACACAACUACUCAUCAAGCCGGAGCCAAAGUGGUCUAGUCCCAAUAAGUCAGGCCAAGCAGCCAAGCCGGAUGACGCCGGUUCGGGUGACGAGGAAGAAGAGGAUGAGGAAAGUUUCGUUUGCGAGCACUGCAACAAAAAAUUCCAAGCUAAAUGGCGUCUCGAUCGGCAUAUCUUUGUUUGUAAAAGGGUGGGAGUCACCCAUCCAAUUUCACCAGUCGAUGGUACCGUCGAAGCUAUGCUGAAUAAUUUGCGAGAGGGGCACUUGCGGAUGAAUGUCAUUUGGAAGGCGAUGCAACGUGAGAAGCUUAAGAUAUAGUAUAAUUAAACCAGUAAGCUAAUAAAUAAAGAAUCUUAAACUA